AUGUACAUCAAUUAAACUAAUCCCAUUUACUACUUUGUUCCUUAUUAUCUACCAUUCUAAUUUAAUUCUGUGGUUCCAUAAGAAAUUGUUAAGGCUGAACUUCAUUCUGAGAGUGAAAAAGAGUAAACAAAACCACUAAAUGAUGAGAUUCAUACUAACGCUAGUGGAAUAGUAAGAGGAAAAGGAUAAUUAUGGACUUAAAAAGAAAUAAAUAAUCUAAUUUCUUAUUAUAAAAAGUACAAAGGCAAUUGGAAAUAAAUCAUUAAACACCUUAAAGGCAGAAAUAUCUCUUAAUGUUCUCAAAAAUAUAGAAAACUUCAAAAUCAAGAAAAAAGAACUAAAAGAAAAUGGUCUUGUGCAGAAGAUGAAAUUUUGAUUGAUGCCUAUAAAGAAUUUGGAAAACAAUGGAUCAAGAUAAGUAAAAGUAAUUAUUUUUUUUUUAUUUUUUUAGAAUUGCCAGGCCGAACUUCAAAAUAAGUGCGUGAUAGAUAUGUAAAUUAAAUUGACCCAUCUAUUACACAUGAGGAAUGGUCAACAGAGGAGGAUAGAAUUAUUUUAGAAGAAUAUAAGAAAGGAGGAGCUAAAUGGGCUGUAAUUUCCAAAAUGCUUAAAAAUAGAUCUGUAAUUAUGAUCUUUCUAUUUUUAGGAAAAUUAAGUUAAGAAUCGGUUUUAUUACACAAUUCUAAAAAAAUACUAAGGAGAACAACAUCCAUACUUAAAAGUAUAAUAAUGAAUUGUAG